UUUCAGACCUAGAUCAAAACGAAGAAUCAAUUGAAAAUGCUGAUGUAUUUUCGGAUACAAGCUCCAUGGCUAGUGGAUUUACGCGUUAUUCACAGUCAAAUACACAAUUAAGUAUACAUUCAACAAGAAGCGGCAAAAGUGCGAAAAGUCGUAGACGGCAAGAAAGAAAGAAAGCCCGCGGCAAAAAAGGAAGUAUAUACGAAGAAGGGUAUAUUCUUGACUCUUUGAAAAGAUUGAUUGAAAGGUUUAAUACAACUCAAGCGGAUAUAUUAAACCUAUUAAACUGUCUUGUGAGAUUGGGAUAUACUAAACGAGCACAACAAAUUCAAGUUCUGUUUAGUGAUUUAGAAGAAAGAAUUAAAAAUGACCUUGAUGAAAUAUUUGAUACGCCGAUAAAUAAUUUGCCUGCUAUUGAG